AUGACAGUUUCGUACAACUCGGAUGUCUCUUCCGUCUCUUCCACUAACUUCCUCCGACUUUUGCUCCGUUGGAAAGGUAAGUCAACGGCAUUUUGAGGCUUCAAAGAUCUUGCGAAAUAAAGGAUCGAUCUGGAAAAGUGUCUCCUCCGAGCUCAUGAUGUGGUGCUCGUGCUACUUCGUCAUCGCCGUCCUCUACCAUUACUUCCUGUUCCCUCACAACCGAUACGAGUGAGUUUCUCUCCGUAUUAUCUGAUUCAUCGAACGAUUUGAGAGCAUUCAAUGACGUCGCCUAUUACUGCGGAAAGGAACUGCACAACUACAUCCCGCUCACUUUUAUGCUCGCCUUCUUCGUCUCCAUCAUCGUGGAAAGGUGGAGGACUACUUUCAGCAAUAUGGGAUGGAUUGAGAAGUGAUCAAAACACAGAAAAGAUUUAUUCAUUCCUCUUUUGUUUAUAGCUGUGCUCUCACGGUGAAUGCAAUCAUCGUGUCGAAGUGCGACGAGGCAAGACUGAUCAGAAGAAGCAUCAUCCGGUACCUGGUGCUCGCGCAGAUAAUGACAUUCCGUGACAUCUCCAUCCGCGUUCGCCGCCGUUUUCCUAACAUUGACUCGAUUAUGAAAGCGGGAUUUCUCACGGAAGAGGAAGAGGAGAAGCUGGAGAACGUGGAUCUCGCCUACAACAAGUACUGGGUCCCUGUUAACUGGGCCAUCUCGCUCGCCAACAAAGCCAACUCCCAGGGAUACGUGCUCAGCGCGCCCGGAAUGAUUCAUUUGAUUCAGGUGAGCACAUUCCUCUGGACGUGGGCACAACACAGUUUUGCAGGAGAUAAAAGCAUUUCGUAGCGGUCUUGCGACUAUUUGUAACUUCGAUUGGGUGCCGAUUCCGAUUGCCUACCCUCAGGUGACGAAAGGAAUGCGCUGUAAAUGCGAAAAUGUUUAUUUAGGUGGUUUUCUUCGCCGUCAGAAUCUAUUUUAUCUUCUGCCUCAUCACAAGACAGUACAUCAGAGUGCCCGUGAGAUCAAAGUGAAGAAAGCUUCCGGAACGUCAGGGAAUGUUUCAGAACAAGGACUUCGAAUCGGUUCAACUGUUCAUCAGACCGUUCAUAACCAUCAUUGAAUUCAUUUGCAUCGUAGGCUGGAUGAAAGUUGCAGAAGCGCUCCUAAAUCCACUCGGAGAAGAUGACGAUGACUUUGAGAGCAACUUUCUCAUCGACAAGAACAUUUUCGUAGGAAAAAGGAUGAUCUACACAAUAUCACGACACGUUUCAGACUGGAAUGAGAAUUGUGGAUCAGGGAGACGACGUACCUUCCCUCUUUGAUGAUCAUUUCUCCGAUCCUGGUGCAGUUCCGGUGUAUUCGGCCGACAGCCAGAAGUAUCAUCCAAAUGGAGCACUUGUGGGCUCUGUUUCUAAUGUGACGUCAGUGACCCAAUACUUCAACUAUUUCGCAAUCUAUUUCAAUUCAGACUUGCUCAAUUUGACGAGAACAUCACAAUGGUUCCGGUGGCACCUAGAAUGUCGGUUGGAGAUAUUACGAGUAAGGAAAACUGAAUGGGAGAAGAAAGCGGAAUAGAAUUUUAGGUCAUGAGCACGUACGUCCGUCCAUCAGGAGACGAUACAAAUCUGGAUCCUCUCAGAACGUUUCGAGAGCAGGAAGUGUUCGCGAUCCUAAGAUGUGAGCUGUCAAUUAUGAAGGUGGACUAUUUUAGUUUUCAGGCAAAGACAGUCGUCCAUAGGCGAAAGCAACGAUGGAUACGAAUUGGAUUAUGAGUCGAAUGUGAGUCAGAAUGAGUAUUGGAGUUCUGAGUCUCUUUCAGAUUGAUGAUUUGGGUACCACCUCUCCAUCCAAACAAGGAAAGUUUUUCACGAAUUUGACGAAAGUUGAUGAGAAUGAAGAGGAAAUUCCGGUGAGCAUCCCCUCUCUUCUUCUUCAUACCUCGUUCCUUCAGCCAAAGGCAAAAACUUCUGUGGUGUCGAGAGUAUAG